GAUUUAUGUAGAGAAGAGGUGUACAUAAUAGCUCGUCUUACAAAUGAUUCUCAAAAUUCCCUAGCCGUCCGAUCACAAGAGAACGUGAUCAUCGCGUGGGAACUUAUAGACCGGUCUUUUGCCUAAACCGGAGCGUACCAGAUUCCUCUCCUCUUUGUCUCUUUCUUUCUUUCUUUCUCUCUCUCCGCUUCGAGGUUUCGGUUUCGUUCGUAAUCGAAAGGUGAAAAAGGGAGAGUUUCCAUGGCGCCAUCAGCUGAAGCUUUGAGCUUGGCCUUCUAGCUGAUUGAUCAACCAUGGUCUCAUAAUUUUCACCGAAUUAAUCAAGCUCCAGGGCGUUGAUUGUUCUCUCUCCCAGCUCCAGAUUUUGCUAGGAGUAAUAAAGAUCCCACGGAGUAGUCUUUGUUUUACCACAAGUGAAAGGAAGAGCCUUUUUGUUUUUUUUUAUUGAUGGGUGAGGAGUUAGCUGACACAAUGAACCUAGAUUUGAAUCUAGGGCCUGAUCCUGAGUCAGAUCUCCAGCCGACCCUAAACGAAACUGUCAAUCUGGCUGAUUGGACUAAUGACCCUUCUCAGAGAUCCUCGGAAGCUGUGACGAGGAUCAGAACUCGGCAUAGGACGCGGUUCAGACAACUUAAUCUCCCCAUACCAAUUCUAUCCGAAACCCAUAUGUCUAUAGAACUGAACCAGUUGAUGGGAAGUCCUGUAACUGGAGCUGCUUUGCAGACUGGCGAGGGUAGUGAAAGAGGCAAUGAGGAUCUGAAAAUGUGUGAGAACGGAGAUGGAGCCAUUGGAGACGGCGUGUCAGAGAAGAAAGCGGAUGUUGAGAAAAGCAGUGGCAGCGAUGGUAACUUCUUCGAUUGUAAUAUAUGUUUGGAUUUGUCAAAGGAGCCGGUUCUCACCUGUUGUGGCCAUCUUUACUGUUGGCCUUGUCUGUUCCAAUGGUUACAAAUCUCGGAAGCAAAGGAGUGUCCGGUCUGCAAAGGAGAGGUGACUCCCAAGACAGUGACACCGAUAUAUGGUCGAGGCAACCAUAAAAGAGAAGUUGAAGAGAGUUUAGAUACCAAGAUCCCUAUGAGACCCCAUGCAAGACGCAUCGAGAGUUUGAGGAAUACAAUUCAAAGGUCGCCUUUUACAAUACCAAUGGAAGAGAUGAUUAGACGUAUACAGAAUAGGUUCGAGAGGGAUUCAACCCCUGUGCCUGAUUUUAGUAACCGCGAGGCCUCAGAAAGAGGGAAUGAUCGAGCCAACUCGAUCCUUAACCGGCUGAUGACUUCAAGGGGAGUUAGAUCAGAGCAGAACCAGGCUAGUGCUGCAGCAGCCGCCAUUGCUGCAGCAUCAGAGGAUAUUAAUCUAAACCCGGACAUUGCUACUCCUGAUCUUGAAGGAGAGACCACCACAAGGUUCCAUCCUAUGUUGAUCAGGAGACAGUUACAGUCCCACAGAGUCGCAAGGAUCUCGAACUUCACAUCUGCAUUGAGUUCCGCUGAGCGGCUUGUGGACGCAUAUUUUAGAACUCAUACAUUGGGGAGGAGCCACCAAGAGCUAAACCAUCAUUCUCCUGUUGUGGUUGAUGAUAGAGACUCAUUCUCGAGCAUUGCAGCUGUGAUAAACUCUGAGAGUCAAGUGGAUACUGCAGUUGAGAUUGAUUCCAUGGUCACUCUUUCAACAUCUUCUUCGAGGAGAAGGAAUGAGAAUGGGUCGAGGGUUUCUGAUGUAGACAGUGCAGAUUCUCGCCCGCCUAGGAGAAGGAGAUUUACUUAAAACAAAAGCUUUUCAAUCCGUGGAAGAUGAUGAUGAUGAGGAAGAAGAAGAAGAAGAUUGUAACUGUAUUUUUAUUUUCUUGCUUGUUGGUUUGUUGUAUUUUUAUUUGUAAUUUCGCAAUAGGGAUGGUAUUUUUCAAUAAAAGUUUUCUUUAUCUUUUCAGGAGUUCUAUUCUGUUUGAACCUGGAUAUUCUCAGUCCAUUGAAAUGUGUUUCUUA